UUAUUUUAUUUUAUUAUACCUUUUCGUUCGAUUAUAAAAUAGCAAUAAGAGAAUACCUUUUUACCAACUCCAAAUCGAAUUCUCUCCAACAUUCCUCACUCUCACUCUUACUCUCUCAUUGAUCAAUGGCUGACAUUGACUGGCCAAAGAAGGAUAACCGUCGAUUGCUUCAUGUUGUUUACCGUGUUGGUGACCUUGAUCGCGCCAUCAAGUUUUAUACUCAAGCUCUGGGAAUGAAGCUUUUGAGACAAAGAGAUAUUCCUGAGGAGAAAUAUGCUAACGCUUUUGUUGGAUUUGGCGAUGAAACAUCACAUUUUGCUAUUGAAUUAACUUACAAUUAUGGAGUGACUUCUUAUGAUGUUGGAGAUGGCUUUGGACAUUUUGGAAUUGCAACUCAAGAUGUUUACAAAUUGGUUGAGCACAUUCGGGCUUUUGGUGGAAACAUCACUAGGGAGGUUGGUCCAGUUCAGGGCGGAACAACUGUUAUCGCCUUUGUGAAGGAUCCCGAUGGCUACACUUUUGCACUCAUCCAAAGAUCUGUAUUUGUUGAUCCUUUUGUUCAAAUCUCGCUCCGCGUUGGUGAUUUAGAACGCGACAUUAAGUUUUAUGAAAAGGCUUUGGGCUUGAAGGUGCUGAGGAAGGACGAUAAUCCUGAGAGCAAGUACACUAUUGCUGUACUUGGGUACAAAGGGGAAGAAGAGUCUACUGUGUUGGAGUUGACGUAUAACUACGGUGUUACCGAGUACUCUAAGGGAAAUGGUUAUGCACAGAUUGCAAUUGGUACUGAUGACGUAUACAAAAGCGCUGAGGUAUUGAACAUAGUCACGCAAGAGCUUGGAGGGAAGAUCACUCGGCAACCAGGACCGAUUCCCGGUCUUAACACGAAAAUUGUUUCGUUUGUUGACCCAGAUGGAUGGAAAACUGUGCUGGUGGACAAUGAAGAUUUCCUGAAGGAGCUAGAGAAGGCGCUGGAGUGAAAGAGAGAGCUAACAAGAAAUAAUAAGUAACAGUCCUAGGUAGUGGCACUAGGCUAAUGCUUUUGUAUGAAUAAAUAGUACUAUGCAGUAAUUGAUUGGUGGUCAUUAUGUUUAAUUUCAUUUGGUUCUGUAAUCUAUUUUAAUGCACACUUGAGACCUCUUUUUCCAUGCAAUCUACAUCUAUUAAUCUUGUGAUUUC